AUGGGUUGGGGAGUCUUUGCAGGGCGAUCCUUCCAGGAAGGAGAAAUCGUGGACCUGGCGUCUCUGAUCUUACCAAUGCCCAAGCCAAGUCCUCAAGUCGAGAAUUCUGUUCUAGAUGACUAUAUUUAUGGAUAUCACAGAGUGCACUUCACUCCCGAGAUUCGAUUGGAAGAAAUGCUAGGAGUUCUGACUGGCAUGUCCAUGAUUUUCAACUCUCAUCCGACGGAACCCAAUUUGGAAUACACGGCAUUUGGGAGAGAGCCAGCCCUCGAUGUCCCUAAUGCUAGCAAUGCAGUGGGGUUUCGAGCCAAAAGGUUCAUUCGAGCUGGAGAGGAACUCUUUUCCCACUACGGCAACAAGGAGAACAAUGAUUGGUUCGAGAUUCGGAGAAUACCUCUUCGAUAUCCCGAAACGAGCCAAACGAUGCCACUUAGUAAAGACAUUCUGGAAGAAUACUGCUCAAAAGUAAACAGUGGUAUAGGACGACCCACCUGGGAAGGACGGAUACUACCCAUCUUGCCUCCGAAAGAAGUUGUUGGAUUCCAUCUCGACCCAUCCUAUCUUCCGCCAUGGGACGCUGGUUACCAAGAAGCGAGAGCCAAAGUUGAUAUUGUCAGUGGCCAGCGCAUUGAAAUAUCAACCGGACUCUUGAUGUCACAAAAGUUGCUGCAAGGUAGCAUCCUCGAACCCAUCGCUGUUUCCUAUCAAGACUUGGCACCAACGGACCGAGCACGACUGUUGGAUCUCCGAAAGCGUGGCCAACUUCAGCUCCAGUAUCAAGGGCCUGACACAAAAUGGCACCGCGUUGAUUUAUUAGAAGGAUCCAAUUUGGAAGACAUUGCUAUUUUCCCCGCUUCGGGAAGCAUUGGAAUGAUUCGACGUGUCGCCGAACAGCAACAAAACGGUAUUACCAAUUGCCGCAUGCUGAUUAGUGCCAAAGAAGGCAAUGAUAGUGCCGGCGUCUUGUUGGAACUUGUUGCUACAAAGAAUAUUGCUGCCGGGGAAGUACUAGUGUUAAGUCUGCCAAGUGCCACAGAAAGCAAAACCUACCAAAGCUUGGUGAACGAAAUUAAAGUGACAGGCAUGCCGUUUGCAGAGAAAGGAGAACAACAUCAAAUCGCCUUGAACCAAGAACUAUGA